UUCUCUGAAAAUGGUGAAAGGAAAAGAGGCUGGGAAAGAUCUGAAGCUAUGAAGAGACAGAGAGAGAGAGAGAGAGAAAAAAAAAAACUUACAUUCUGAUAGAUGUGCACAAUUGUGCACACGUGUAUAUUUAUUGAUAUCUGAUUAUUUCAAAGACAUUAGUAUAAAAAUAUUGAUUAAGUGAGUGCUUUAAUUAGCAAGCAUCGAAAAUGGCAAAAUUUUGUUUGAAAAAGCCAAGUAAACGUAUGUCGGCCCGAAAGAGAUACAAAAUCGAAAAGAAAGUCCGUGAACACAACCGUAAAAUAAAGAAAGAAGCCAAGAAGCAUCCCAAAAAGAAAAACAAGGUAAUGGAGAUACCAAAUCAAUGUCCUUUCAAGGAAGACAUUUUAAAGGAGGUUGAAGCUAUGAAGAAGGCUAAAGAAGAAGAAAAGAAGAAGCAGAAAGAGGCUGCUCGUGAGAGAAAACGCGAGGAACUUGCAAAGAGUGGUCUUCAAGGAUUGGUUAAUCAGGCUGAGAAUAAGCAAUUGGCACACAAACCUAUGGAAGCCGAUACUGUUGAAGAUAAAAUUAAGGAAGCUGUAGUUAAAGGAGAAAAUUCUCUAAAAGCCUAUUAUAAAGAAUUUAAAAAGGUUUUGGAUGCAGCUGAUGUUGUUAUUGAGGUUGUGGAUGCUCGUGACCCAUUAGGAACACGUUGCAAACAGGUGGAAGAAGCAGUUAGAUCCGCAAAGGGAAAUAAAAGAUUAGUAUUGGUCUUGAAUAAAGCAGAUUUGGUUCCUAGAGAAAAUCUAGAUCAGUGGUUGAAAUAUCUGAGAAGUAGUUUGCCAACUGUGGCAUUUAAAUCUUCCACACAAAGUCAAACAAAUCGAUUGGGCAGAAGAAAGUUGGGUAGAAAAACGGAAUCCAUGAUACAAAGCAACACCUGUUUUGGUGCGGAAUUACUCUUGUCUAUCCUUGGAAAUUACUGCAGGAACAGUGGCAACAUAAAGACAAGUAUCAGAGUAGGAGUUGUCGGACUCCCGAAUGUGGGCAAAUCUAGUGUUAUUAAUUCCCUAAAACGGAGCAAGGCAUGCAAUGUGGGAAAUACACCAGGAAUAACAAAAACUAUGCAGGCAGUUCAAUUAGACUCUAAAAUAAAACUGCUAGACUCCCCCGGUAUAGUGUUCGCUAGUUCCGAUGUAAACUCCGAUGAAACAUCUGUGGCCCUUAAAAAUGCUGUGAAAAUUCAAGCAUUGAAAGAUCCUUUUACGCCAGCGACCGCUAUUCUAAAGAGAGUUUCGCGAAACCAAAUAAUGGAAUUGUACGAUAUGCAAGACUUCUCGACGCCAGAUGAGUUCUUCGCGAUGAAGGCGGCAAGAAUGGGAAAGUUUAGGAAAGGCGGAAUACCUGAUACAUUAGCUGCAGCGCGCAGUAUUCUGGAUGAUUGGAAUUCCGGAAAAAUUAGAUAUUAUACGGUACCACCUGAACAACCGGUAUACCAUAUAUCCGCGGAGAUUGUCAGUGAAGUAGCUAAAGAGUUUGACAUCGAAAGUUUUGCCACGGAGGAAAGAAUGAUGCUCGACGAUCUCGCGACAGAAUCUACGAGUAAUCUUACUGUUGCAAAUCCUCUGUUGAUUGAUAGUUCGGGACCUGUCACGGCAGCUAUGGAAAUCGAGAUGCAGAAAGAAACUGAAUUUAAAGUACAAAAAAAAUUGAAGAAGAAGUUAAUGGAGACCAAGAAUGCCGAGAAAAAGAAGAAAACAGAUCCUCUUUUCGAGAUUGAAGGCAAUCAAAAACUGAAUAAACUCAAUAAACUUCAAUUUAAGAAACAGAAGAAGAUGAAAGUGAGAACAGUGAUUUUCAGAAAAAAAAGCUGCCAAACUAGAAGGACAGUUUAAAGAAUUUAGCUUAAAUACGGAUAAUUAUGACUUCAAUCAACACUUUACAACAUAAAAAUAGUAUAUAUAAUUAUUCUGUACGAAGAUAUAUACUAUAUGUACGAGAGAAAACUAUGUACAUAAUAAAAAUUACUCUGAUGAAAAUAUUGU